AUGAAGAUCCCUAUCAAUUUAUCAGAUGGAAAUCACAUACUGAAUAUUUUUUGCGAAGAUUCAUUCGAAAAACGUUCCAACAUUUUAAGUUAUAGUAUUCAAUUUAGACAUAAUAAACCAGAGCUUUCUUUACUCCAGACACAGAAAAUAUUUAGAAAUAUAGUAGAUAAAUUCAUAUUUAAGUAUCAAAUACUUGAUAAUGAUGACAAUGAAGUUGUAAAAAUUUUCAUGAAAUUUGAUAAUAACGCUCCGUUCUCCUCAGAUUUAAUUACAGUUAAAAAUGCAGCAGUAUCAUAUUUUAAAUGCGAUUUCCCAAGCAGCAUAGAAAUUGGAAACCACACAUUCUACGCUUAUGCAACAGAUAGUUUUGGUUUAAACAGUUCAACUCAAUAUUUUAAUUUUAGUUACAUUUACAACAUUCCAAGUAUUGAGAUAAUACAUCUGAGAAAAUUCUUAUUGGUGGAGAACUCUGAAUCCAAAGUUAUGUUGAAUGGAACAAUAUCGAAAUAUGGAAUAUUACCAGAAUUAACUCUUGAAUGGAUACUCGAUCGAACAAAGAAAAAUGAUUUCAUAAAAACAUUUCGCCUUGAAAAUUCUGAAAUUUCAAAUUAUUCCCAAAUGAUCGUGAUACCUACUUCAUUGGACUUCGGCUAUCAUAGCAUUAGCGUUUAUGGAUGCUAUAAAGGUGAUUAUUGUAAUAAUUCAAAUGAAGUUGAUUUCGCAUGGUUUCCUGCAUGUUUAAAGAGUAUCAAAAAUAACAAAUUUAUAUUAGGAUAUUCUAGGCUUCAUGUAAUUUCUCUCUUAGUUCGUAAAUAA